GUCAAACGUGGAGCAAAACCUACUACACAGUAUUGAUACGGGGAUCCCAGUGUCUGAAGAAUAUAAUCAUAAUCAAACUGGCACCACUUGCAACAUGGGAGAAGACAACAUUAAUGUUAUCCUAGAUGGUAGCAAUAGAAAAAAACAAAUCAAGUAUCUUCCAAAUCAAGCCCUAUCUGAUGCAGAGUGCAGUUGUCGGGGAGUUAGGCAGCCUUCUGAGCCACAAAAAGCAGUAUCUGAGAAGUUACAUAUGUUGGAGUCAGAGUCUUAUGUGAAUGAUGCUCUGAAAAAGAGCAACAGAUUGUGCAAAAAGCAAGAACCAUCUGAAAUCCUGACUGUUUCAACCAAGACAGCUGCCCAAGUCGUGCAUGCCAAGCUAUCAAAGAGGCUUCUUCAAGGUAAAAGAAAAACUCUCAAAGCUAAACUAACUCAGCCAGUUGUUGCAAAUGCUAAUACUCCUGUGCCAAUGACAUGCUCAUCUGAGAAUAUAAAUAAAAUUAGGCAAGAGAUGGGUCCUCCUCUACCCCCCUUGCUACUGCCUUUGAUUGCUACUCCUCCAAAAGCUGCAUGUACCACGCCCUCAGCAAUGUCUUCUACUUAUCCAUCCUCUUUGCUUUCCCCUCUUGAUGACUUGAUAUCCCCGCUACGUGAAACUCCUGUUCCUCCUCUCAUGUCUCCAUUAACAGAUACUCCAACAGUAAAAUCUGCUCUUUUAUUUUCCCCUCCCUCGCCCUCAGAAGCAGCAGUAGGUAGAAGGAUUCGCUCCUCCCCUUUGAAAUUUUGUACUUCCAUUCCAAAGCACGCGCUUCCUGUCCCGGGAAGAUUGCCUCUGUUGGCAGCUGACAGUACCGCUCCAGGCGCUCCUCAGGAGAACUCUGUGAAAAUAUUGGACACUAUGUACCCAGAGCUGUCUGCAAGGGCAAGGACACUAAACAUUCUGAAAGGCAAUAUUCAGCUUAACCGAUGUGCUUUUUCAGACAGCCAAAGUUUGACAGGACCUGUGGCUCAGAUAGGUGGGUUCAAAGCAAUUGCAUCUAAAUCCACGGCUUUUGUUAAGACUGGUAGCAAUUUGAAAGCUGAUAAUCAUAAAGAGCAAGGCGGAGAGGUGCAAAAUCAGCAGUUGUUUCUAAGCUCAUCAAAUCAUCUUGAAAAAGGGACCCUAUGGCCAACACCUAUGCCAAGAAGUGCAAAGAGGCUGAGGCUGGACAGUGAACCAUCAAAGCUGGAGCCCAGUGAUACUGCUGCUGUCAGAAGCACUAAAAAUACAAUCUCGGAAACACAGGAGGCUUCCCAUGACAAAAGCUGUGAAAUCAGUAAGUCAGCACAUGGUUCCAGUUUGGAAGCAUCACUACCAGUAAACAAAACUACUGAUCUUGACAGCCAGAAAGUUUCUUUGGCAUUGAAGAAAAUUGCUGAAUCCUGUUUUGACUUGUUACCAGUUAUAAAAGGUCACGUGUAUGUCGGCAAUACCUCAAAGAUUCCAGUAAUGAGAGAUGAAGAGAAAGAAGUUGUCUAUGAAUUUGGUGUAAAAAACAAACAUUUAGCAGAGUCCUUGCUGUGUAGUAUUCUCAAUAAACUCAAGGCUCAGAAGAAUGCCACAAAUUACAAUCUGAAUCAGGCUCUGUGUCGAGUCUAUACAGGAAUUUGUCGCCAGCUGGGAGAUUUGGAACGAGCUCGCCUUUUCUGCUAUAGCCUCCUUAAAGAAGGCUUUCCAGACUCGGAAAAAUUGACAUUAUUUAUCACAAACGUAUGGUCUGACAUAUUUGUCUUCCAAGGUGCAAUUAACAAAGCUAUGCAAUUAGUUGUCAGGCAGAAUGCAAGCAGUGACACACUGUCCUGUUUGGGUGCUUACCUCAGCUGGGAACAGAGUUCCUCUUUAGAUGCUGGUACUAUGGUCUCAAACCUGCUUUUAGAAAUGCAGUCUUGUCCAAAAGUAGAAUUUCAGCUGAGUGAGUGGUAUGGAGAAGAUCUGAGUGAAGAUGCUUGGCAGUACAUAUUUGCUGUUGAUCUACUCUGCUCUCACCUGAAGUGGGACUGGACACAUGACAAUGUUAUAAGCAAAGUGCUUUGGCCUUCUAUGGAUAAAUGGAUAAAGAAGAGAAAGGGGCAUGAAACUGCUCAGUCCAUUCCUGAUAGUGUUAUAGCAUUGAUACUCAGGCUGAUUGGUCGAUUGAGCCAUAUAGGUGUGAAGGAAGGAUGUCUCGCUGCAGUGAAGAAUAUUAGCUCUGUAAUUGGACUGUUUGUACAGCACGCAAAAGAGGAAGGUGUUCCCUGGGGUGUGCAGCUGGCAGCUGUGUAUUCACUGUGUGACUUGGGUUCCAGCAAUCCAGAAGGUAUUGUUGAGACCAUCCAUGCUUGGAAAGCAACAGUUGUUAACAACGUCCCUCUGGCUGUCACAAAUGGUAUAGCUGAAAUCACUUCUUUGUGUAAAAUGGAGCUGAAUUGAAAUCUAGGGAAGUGGACUGAUCUAAAGGAAGAAGUGCCUUAUUUUACUGAGCAGUAAUUAGCUGCAGUUAUAAAGGGGACACACCACAUUGUGGGGUUUUAUAUUUUUAACAGAAUCUCUGAUCACUCACAGCAAGCUCAAAUAUGUUGACUUUUCUGUUUGAGGGAAGAGUUUUUAAAAAAACCAAACACACAGACAACAACAAACAAAAAACAAGCCUGACUGUCAUAAUUCAUCACUGAUAUGCAAAAACAAGGACAUCUUUGACUCCUGAGAUGGUUUCUGGUUUGAUGUCAGUAAAGUUUAGUAAUAGUUUCAUUAUUUGACUUCCAUUGGUUUGGAGCAUGGACUGUUUGACACAACAGAAACUUGAGCCUGGCUGAAAAAACCUGGCUCUGUUAUUUUGUACUGUAUUUAUAUAAAGUAACUGUCUAGACAGCAGAACCAAAUUCUGCUUUAUUUUGCUUGAGUAGUCUCAUAACCUUAAUUUAAAAUACUUGUGUAUGACAGGUAGCAGCUGACUUUUUGUGUAACAAUCUUGUAUAGAGUAACAGAGAUAGUAAAUCUCUGAACUUGUAUAUAUGGUAUAUUUUGAUAAUGUGUCUCACAUUUGAUAUUGUUCCACUUGGGGAAUUUUGUGUAUGUAAAUAGA